AAUUAACCAGUUUAGGCUGGCUUUUACUUGUAAAGCCCAUCUCCCUGUUGGCUGCCUUGCAUCAGUGGGCAAAGGGCUGUGGGACUCGGUACAGCUUGUAAGGAGGGGCUGCCUGCUCUUACGAAUGUUCUUGGAGGCAGUGUGGGUUUGUGUAUUCCUGUUGAGAAUGCCUGGACCUUCUUAGUGGUGGCAGCCACGCUUGAACAUUGAUUUCAUGCUCUCUCAUUUCUGUCAGACUGAAGUCUGCCAGUCGAGAAGUCCAUUGAUAACAUGCUCUUACGAAGCUCAGGAAAAUUAAAUGUGGGCACUAAGAAAGAGGACGGCGAGAGUACAGCCCCCACUCCUCGCCCCAAGGUCCUGCGUUGUAAAUGCCACCACCACUGUCCAGAAGACUCAGUCAACAAUAUCUGCAGCACAGAUGGGUACUGCUUCACAAUGAUAGAAGAAGAUGACUCUGGGACGCCUGUUGUCACCUCUGGAUGUCUAGGACUAGAAGGGUCAGAUUUUCAAUGUCGCGACACUCCCAUCCCUCAUCAAAGAAGAUCAAUCGAAUGCUGCACGGAAAGGAAUGAAUGCAAUAAAGACCUUCACCCUACUCUGCCUCCACUGAAGAACAGAGAUUUUGUUGAUGGACCUAUUCACCACAAGGCCUUACUUAUAUCUGUGACUGUCUGUAGUUUACUAUUGGUCCUCAUUAUUUUGUUCUGUUACUUCAGGUAUAAAAGACAAGAAGCCAGGCCUCGGUACAGCAUUGGGUUAGAGCAAGAUGAGACAUACAUUCCUCCUGGAGAGUCCCUGAGAGACUUGAUCGAGCAGUCUCAGAGCUCAGGAAGUGGAUCAGGUCUCCCUCUGCUGGUCCAAAGGACAAUAGCUAAGCAAAUUCAGAUGGUGAAGCAAAUUGGAAAAGGUCGCUAUGGGGAAGUGUGGAUGGGAAAGUGGCGUGGAGAAAAGGUAGCCGUGAAAGUGUUCUUCACCACCGAGGAAGCCAGCUGGUUCCGAGAGACAGAGAUCUAUCAGACGGUCCUGAUGAGGCAUGAAAACAUUCUGGGGUUUAUUGCUGCAGAUAUUAAAGGGACUGGGUCUUGGACUCAGUUAUACCUCAUCACAGACUAUCAUGAAAAUGGUUCUCUUUAUGACUAUCUGAAAUCCACCACCCUAGAUGCAAAGUCUAUGCUGAAGUUAGCCUACUCUUCCGUCAGUGGCCUAUGCCACUUACACACGGAAAUCUUCAGUACUCAAGGCAAACCAGCAAUCGCCCAUCGAGACUUGAAAAGUAAGAACAUCCUGGUGAAGAAAAACGGGACUUGCUGCAUAGCAGACCUGGGCUUGGCUGUCAAGUUCAUCAGUGAUACAAAUGAGGUUGACAUUCCACCCAACACACGGGUUGGCACCAAGCGCUAUAUGCCUCCAGAAGUCCUGGACGAGAGCUUGAAUAGAAAUCAUUUCCAGUCUUAUAUCAUGGCUGACAUGUACAGUUUUGGACUCAUCCUCUGGGAGAUUGCAAGGAGAUGUGUUUCUGGAGGUAUAGUGGAAGAAUACCAACUUCCCUAUCAUGACCUGGUGCCCAGUGACCCUUCUUAUGAGGACAUGAGAGAAAUUGUGUGCAUUAAGAAGUUACGGCCUUCAUUCCCCAAUCGGUGGAGUAGUGAUGAGUGUCUCAGGCAGAUGGGGAAGCUUAUGACAGAGUGUUGGGCUCACAAUCCUGCCUCCAGGCUGACAGCCUUGCGAGUUAAGAAAACACUUGCCAAAAUGUCAGAGUCCCAGGACAUUAAGCUCUGAUGCUGGAUAUUUGUGGACCGAGCAAGAGGAUUUACAGAAACAUCUGUAGCCCAAGCCUUGAACAUUGUCCUACUGCCCAGUGGGUUCAGACUUCCCCUCUCAGGGAGCAAGCUGGACAGACAUAGAAGGCCCCAGAGACACAGAGUCCUUAUGGCUUUCUAAGGAGGGGAAACCAUUUGGGUAACUUGUUCAAGAUAUGAUUCAUGUUGCUUUCUAAGAAAGCCCUGUAUUUUGUGAUUGCCAUUUUUU